AUGACUGACGAGCCCUUAGAUGCUUUUGGGAACGUGAUUGGUGUGACUUCUGACCGCGAAGAGCUAGAGUACCGCCAGAUUAUCAACAUGAUGGGCACCUCAGCGUGGUAUGGCUCCUGCUCCACGUGGUACUCGUCCCUUGUGGAGCCCACCAUUGACGGUAUGCUUGGAGGGCUCUCCUAUGUUCACAAGGAUGAGGUUGAGUGGACCACACUAAGACUCAAACAGUUGGCUUCAGACAAGGCCAUCAAAACGAACACCUGUCUCGACUGCGGAGGAGGUAUAGGCCGUGUAUCUCACUAUGCCUUGAAGCCCGUCUUUCAGCAUGUUGACAUGAUCGAAGGCUGUGAGCUGUUUGUCCAAGCAUCGACAACGAAUUUUGCCAGAAAUAGUAUCAGAGCGCGUUACAACUUGGAGCUGCAGGAUAUAGAAGCCUUACAACAGCAAUUUCGCGGAAUUAAUUACGAUGUUGUGUUUCUCCAGUGGGUGAUUGGUCACUUAGUGGACCGCGAUGUCGUGAGGUUCCUCAAAUUUGCCAAGGAUCAUCUUCUAACUCCAUCAACCGGUAGAAUCAUCAUGAAAGAAAAUUGCAUCAUUAACGAUGGUUUCUUCUUGGAUAAAGAAGACAUCAAUUUAAUCCGUAGCCUUGAUAUGAUAAAGGACCUCUGUUCUCAAGCAGGUUUGACGGUGCUGACCAUAGAUGAGCAACCAACUUGGCCGAGCAAUCUUUAUCCUAUCCGCUUUUUCGUAUUAGCAUCUUCUACAAGCAAUGAAAGCGAUCAAAGAUUCACUUAG